AAUUUUAGCUACAUUUUACGUUCAUUGUUGACAUUACCAAACAUCCAUGAGUUUGCAAAUUUUACGUGUAGUGCGUUCAUUUGCUAUUGUUAAUUACUAUAAUCAUCAUAAUUUGAGUAGUCAUUGCAAAUCGUUACGUAGUUACCGUUAUUAUUCCGAGUGGGGUCGGGGAGGACGGGGAGUUGGACGUGCGAGGGGGCCGCGUAUUGGCUGUGCGGGUGCAAUCGGAGUGCGAGUUCACUCUGUCACUCGGUCAUUACGGUAUUUCUCUUGCGUGCAGCCCACAUUUACUAUAGUGAAAGAAAAAGUGACAAUGCCAGAAAACAAACCGUUUCAACGACUUCCUAAAAAUGUUGUACCUGAACAUUACGAAUUGCAUUUAGUUCCAAAUUUGGAAAAAUUUACAUUUACGGGCUCGACCAGGGUGAAAGUAUCGAUUGCUACCUCUACCAAAGAAAUCGUGCUCAAUAGCUUAGAUUUGGAAUUCAAAAAUGUUAAACUGCAGUAUGGUGAAGGUGAGUCUGAUACCACGCUCAAUCCGGUGGAUGUUAAAAUUGACGCCGGUGACGAAACAGCAACUAUUGUGUUCGAAAAACCUUUGCCUGAAGGGACAGCAACAUUAUAUUGUGAAUUCGUUGGCGAGAUCAACGACAAAAUGAAAGGAUUAUACAGAAGCAAAUACUUGACUCCAAGUGGAGAAGAACGAUACGCAGCCGUCACUCAAUUCGAGGCAACAGAUGCCAGACGGUGCUUUCCAUGCUGGGAUGAACCUGCGAUUAAAGCGACAUUUGAUAUAACACUGGAAGUACCUACUGAUCGUGUAGCAUUGUCUAACAUGCCCGUGAAAGAACAAAAAAUAACUGGUGACAAAAAAAUAAUGCAGUUUGAUAGAACACCUAUAAUGUCCACAUAUUUGGUGGCAGUGGUGGUUGGCGAAUAUGACUAUGUGGAGAAAACAUCUAAUGAUGGUGUUCUAGUGCGUGUAUAUACCCCAGUAGGUAAAAGUAAGCAAGGAAUGUUUGCUCUUGAGGUAGCAGCUAAAGUGCUACCGUACUAUAAGCAAUACUUUGACAUUGCUUAUCCAUUACCUAAAAUAGACUUGAUUGCUAUUGCUGAUUUCUCAGCUGGUGCUAUGGAAAAUUGGGGUCUAGUCACAUACAGAGAAACAUGUCUGCUAGUGGACGAAGAGCACACAUCAGCUGUAAGAAGGCAGUGGAUAGCUUUAGUUGUUGGCCAUGAACUGGCUCAUCAAUGGUUCGGAAACUUGGUUACUAUGGAAUGGUGGACCCAUUUAUGGUUAAAUGAAGGCUAUGCAUCAUUUGUGGAGUUCCUUUGUGUAAAUCACCUGUUCCCAGAGUAUGACAUAUGGACUCAGUUUGUGACUGAAACAUACAUUAGAGCUCUAGAGUUAGAUUGUUUGAAGAAUUCACAUCCCAUUGAAGUGCCUGUCGGUCAUCCAUCAGAAAUAGAUGAAAUAUUUGAUGACAUAUCAUAUAAUAAGGGUGCUUCUGUUAUAAGAAUGCUGCAUCGAUACAUAGGUGAUGAUGACUUCCGAAAAGGAAUGAAUAUCUACCUUACACGGCAUCAGUACAAAAACACUUUUACUGAAGAUUUGUGGGCAGCCCUAGAAGAGGCUUCAAAUAAACCUGUUGGUGCUGUUAUGUCAACAUGGACUAAGCAAAUGGGUUUCCCAAUGGUGCAGGUUAGCUCAGAGCAGAAAGGAGCCCACAGAGUAUUAAAGUUGACUCAGCAAAAGUUCUGCGCUGAUGGAAGCCAAGGUGAUGACAGUGUAUGGAUGAUACCGAUUACAGUCUCAACUCAAGAACAACCUUCAAAGGUCGCAUUGUCUACAGUGUUGGAUAAAAAGACGCAAGAAGUUAUAUUAGAGAAUGUUUCGGAAGACUCUUGGGUUAAAGUUAAUCCUGGAACUGUUGGUUACUAUCGUACUCGGUACGAACCGGUGCUUCUAGAGCGUCUCGUAGGAGCUGUAAGGGACGGAUCUUUGCCCCCACUGGACCGACUGGGCUUGCUUGAUGACUGCUUCGCGUUCGUACAAGCUGGACAUGCUCAUACUAAUGAGUCCCUGAAGCUAAUGGAAGCCUUCAGCAACGAGACCAACUUCACAGUUUGGUCAUCUCUAGCGAAUUGUUUAUCAAAACUGAGUGUUUUAUUCUCACACACCGCCCUCGAUAAGCCGCUGAAGAACUAUGGCAGGAAACUCUUCGCUAGUGUGACCAAGCGUCUCGGUUGGGAUGCUGAAGAGAAGGAAAGCCAUUUGGACACCCUGCUUCGGAGCUUGGUGCUCAAUAAGAUGAUCAGUUUUGAAGAUCCCGAUACUAUUAAGGAGGCUAAGAGGCGUUUCGAGAAGCAUCUAUCGGGCGAAAUGCAGUUACCCGCGGAUCUUCGUUCAGCGUGCUACCGAGCCGUAUUGGCUGAGGCAGAUGAAGCUACCUUCGAGCGGUUCCUUCACCUGUACAGAGCAGCUGACCUGCAUGAGGAAAAGGAUAGAAUCAGCCGGGCCUUGGGUGCUGUUAAGGACCCAGCUUUGUUGAAUAAAGUGUUGAACUUUGCUAUAUCUGACGAGGUCCGAGCUCAAGACACAGUGUUUGUGAUUGUCUCGGUGGCAGUGAGCCGCAACGGACGGGAUCUCGCUUGGCAGUUCUUCAAGGACCACUGGCAAGAGUUCAUGGACAGAUAUCAGGGUGGCUUCCUAGUAGCACGCCUUGUAAAAUCCACUACGGAGAACUUCGCAUCUGAGGCAAGCGCUCGCGAGAUAGAGGAGUUCUUCAACACCCACCGUUCACCAGGAACAGAGAGGAGCGUGCAACAAGCGCUGGAGACCGUGCGCUUGAAUGCCGCUUGGCUGCGUCGGGACCUGGCCUCCACCACCACCUACUUGCAGCCUUACCACUGAUCGACUCUUGCACAAGACUGAAUGCUACAACGAAAUGACGAAUACAUAAUUUUUCAGUUCUGGUAUCUUUGAGUAAGCUUAUUUUCAGACAAAAGUAUUUACUGUUACACCUGACUUGUAUUAACCAUAGACAUAGAGAAUAGACUGUCAUCUUAUCAGUUGACAAGCAAAAGCCAAUGGCUGCCUUUAAUUAAAGCCCAUAUUCUUAAAAUGUAAAACAGAAUGUGGAAAUGAAUAAAAUAUGCAGUUUUUACCAUUCUUUUAAUAAGUAUGUUGUUCGAGAUAUUUAUUAAAGGUCCACAUGUUGUAACAUGUUUGAUUUCGAACUUGGAAUAUGUCGGGGAAUAUGGGCUUUUUGACAAUACAUAAUAUUAAGUCUUAGUACCUUUGAGCAGCCAACCACUUGAAAUUCCACAGAAAGCAUUACUCAGACUAAUCUUUAUGCUUAAAAAUCUAUGGCUUUUUCUAUCUCAAAUUGAAUAACAUAGACAUGCAAAUCAAUGUUGCCAUAUAACUAAUAUAGUCUUCUCUUAUCUAUGAACAUACUAUGAACCUCAAUUAGCCUUUGGAUGUUGUCUGUAUCUAAUUUAAAAUAGAAGACAAAAUCUUAAUUUUCAAAUGGCUAACAGUAUGUUUAUAAAGACAGUUGGUAUCAAGUAAUAAAUAUGAGCCUUUUUAUUUUUAAAUUCAGCGGAAAUAGACCAAACCAAAAAUGUUGUAUUUAAAGUACAUUUACUUAUAGCAUUUAUUUGAUUUUUGUUCCAAUGGUGCUGAAUAAUGUUAUGUUCUACUUAAAAUUAAUUAUUAUUAGUAUUUAUAAAAUGGUUACUUUGGAAUCAAAAGUAAAAAUCAAAAAUAAAAAAACUCUCAGAUAAAUUUUGUGUAUGUGGUGAUGAUCAAAUAAAAGUAAUAUUGUUUUUUUAAUAUAAGAAACGUUAUGAAGUUACCAACAUUUAAUGUCCAUUUGUUGUAAGACUGUGUUAUUGAAAUAAAUCGUACAUAAGUACCUGUAAA